GUGUUGGAGCUGAUCUGACCGGCUAGAGAAUGUUGAGCGCUGCUGUAAUUAUAAUAAUGAGGCGUGCUAAACCAGUGUGUUUCUUCAGCUUAGUUUGAGGAAUGCUGCACACAGAGAGGCUGUGGUUAUUCUGGGAACAGGCUCAAUCUCUCUCUCGCUGUGGAAAUAUGAAACCGGUCUGUGACAUUUCAGAAGCCACUUCCUCCGUUGUGUUGGAGUUUUAUAUUUAUCUGUGUGCUGUGAGUCCUAAUAAGACCGGGCCGGUGUGACGGACAGAUCUGGGAGAGGCUGGGAACGCUGCGGAGUCUGUUCCCACACUCGGAGUCAGAGUCAUUCACACUGGGCAGUGGCCUUGAUACAUGCCCAGACACAAUAUGGAGACGCAGAAGAGUCAAUGGGAUCCGGUCCGGAGAUCACCGUGGAUCAUGAGAGUGGAGCAGAGCCCCGCCUCCUCGGGGGCGGAGUCAGACACAGAGGGCAGCAGCACAGAGAGCGAACGGCAUCGAGUCAAACAGGGAGGCGGAGUCUCGCUGACAUCACCGUCCAUGCUGGAGCAGCGAAUCACAGAGCUCGACCAGCAGAGGGAGGAGCUAAAGAUUGAGCUGCAGCUGGAGGUGGCUCUGCUGCGCGGGGAGCUGCAGACGGAGCAGGAGCGUCUGCGCAGAUACACAGAGCAGCUGCAGGUUCUGCAGGAGAAGGACAGGCAGCGGAAGAGCCAGCGCUUGACCAUCAGACACAAGGAGCGAGUUCAGCUGGAGGAACAGCGUCUGAAGGUGGAGGAGGUGAAGAGGAGGUGUGAGGAGAUGGAGAAACAGAUUCCCUCGCAGCCAGAAGUCCAGCGAGAGCAGCUGCUGCUUCGACUGCAACAGGAGAAGGAUGCGCUGGAGGUCACAGUGCGAGCGUUUGAAGACAUGGAGUUCCACAUUCUGGAGCUGGAGAGCGGAGUGGAAGAGGAGCGAGAUGGAGAGGACGGAGAAACAGAAACGGUCAUCGAAAGAGAGAUAACCAGAGUACAGCACACACGCAAUGCUUCACAGGAACGAGUCCAGCAGCUGGAGAAGCAGCUGGAGGACAUGGAAAAAGAAAAGGAUAAUGCGUUGAGUUCCCUCAGGCUGGAGAGGAAGGAGCUGCUGCACAAGUCUCAGAGGAUUUUGAAAGAGAAGAAGCCUCUCACUGAUUGGUCCAACAUCACUGGCUCCUCCCCCUGUGUGAUGUCACUCAGUCCUCUGACCAUUCACAGAGCAGCACAGGAAUCAGUGAAGGACGGAUCCAGUUUUCCUCGCAGACGCAGCUCUCACAGGAGGAACACAGACAGACCGCUCUCGGCUCAAGUGUUGGUGCGGAUGACUCCAGACAGACAAACCUCUGAGGCUCCGCCUCCUCGUCUUCCUCUCGAGCACAGACUGAGUAAUGGGCAUCGUACUGGACCGAGGUCAGAGCAGAGCGACCCGAACAGAUCACACACACCGAGCAACAGCACCAACACCUCCCGCGCUCCCAGUCCACAGAGCCUCCUGGAUUUAGUGGAGAUGGAGAGGAAGCUCCGAGAGGCCAAAGCGGAGCGGGAACGUCUGCUGAAGGAGAGAGAGGAGAGACAGCGGCUGCUGGCAGAACAACGCCGACAGAGAGAGCACGAAUCUCUCAAAAUACAGACGGACGCAUCCAGACCAGAGCCACACGCUGAUGAGGAGCGACUGCAGAUCAGCUCCACACACAGAGACCUGGAGCAGGGCGUCCCGCUGUCUCUGACGGUGAACUUUGACCUGCGGGCUCACGUGGAGUCUCUGGGUCAUAACGUGUCGGGCUGUAUGGGGGUCAAUCUGUCUCCUCGGAGGUGCGGAGGCUUUCUGACCAAACGUGGAGGACGAGUGAAGACCUGGAGGAGGAGGUGGUUCAUCUUCGAUCUGGACCACCAGAGACUGGCCUACUACACAGAACUGGAUGAGAAGAAGCUGAAAGGCGUGAUUUACUUCCAGGCCAUCGAGGAGGUUUAUUACGACCAUCUGCGCACAGCUUCAUCAUCUCCGCGGCCGAGCCUCACCUUCUGUGUCAAGACCUACGAGCGGCUCUUCUUCCUGGUGGCUCACAGCGCUGAAGCCAUGAGGAUCUGGAUGGACGUUAUAGUCACGGCAACAGACGAGCACAGCAGAUACUGAGGAGCAGAGGAUGCUGGGAGACCUGCUGUUACACUACCAGAGCACACACUAUUUAUUAAUGAUCAUUCUUCUCAUAUUUUGCUAAGUGUUAAUAAAUAUUUACAUUCCAAACAA